AUGUACCGCUUUGACGCCCUGGCAAAUGCGACCCGGGUCUUGGAGAUUCGUGCAUUGACCUCAUCUGUCACACUACGGUCAGAACCGACACAACAUCCAGGGUACGUAAAGCGCUCCACAACUUCGAAUGCCUCUUCCUGGAAUAGCCCCUUUUUGAAAGUGAACAUUAUCACCGACUCUGCCCAGUGGAAGUUCGGUGGCGCUGGAGAAAUCAUAUGCAGUCAUAAACCUCCCAGACCGUAUGGGGUUCCACGUUCAUCGUUCAGGGUUUUAUGUCAACUGGGAGCUCCAGAUGAGUGGCACCUGGUGGCCACGAUAACUGCUGUUCGAAGUAUUCAGCCCAACGGUCGAGGCGUUCUUUACUCUGGAUGGUCAUUCCCUUCCGAUCCUUCGAUUUUCGGGUAUCCAUUUUUCGUAGCGUGGUUGGAUGAGCACGCAUGCAGUCAUAUAUCCAACGAGAGGUGUCCGGUUUCACCAAGGUUUGCUGGUGCUUUCGAAAUUACUCAAGGUCGUCGCUUACUUUACGGCCUUCGAGUUUUUGAGACACAUACCAACGGUAUCAUUUCUGCUUCUUUUGAAGCUAAGUGCUGCUUUAAUCCUCUUGCCGUUGCAAAGGCCUUUCAGCACAGGACAUGCUCUGACAAAAUUACAGUUUGCAGGUUUUCUUUGGCAAGGGUGAUACUCGAUGCACUAUGGAUUGAGGGAUUAUACCUCUGCGGACCUUUCAGAUCCGUUUUAUUGUUUGAGAAUAGUGAACUCCUUGUUCUGGCAGCUGUCAGUACGGUUAUGUACGGCGCUUCAUCUACUUCCAAAGCACGUGGGGCCUUAUUCUUCAUUUUAGGUGUCAUCAGUGUGGCCUUCUUUGACAAUGAUACGGUCGAUGGAGAUUCUCUACACCCUGAAGGUGUUCACAAAAGUCUUCUGAUACACAAGCUUUACGAACUGUUUGCCAACUUUGGUCUUUCGGAUCAUAAAGUUGGCGUUGUCAUCCUAUUUCUGGCGGUGUGUCUGGAUGCAGGAUGUGCUGCGCUGUCGAAAAAUCUGGUCACUUCCGUAGGUGGCGCGAAACGCUUGCAUGCAUUGGCUGCCCCCGUCGGCUUCGGUAUUUUGAUUCCCAUUUUCUUGCUCAGUCAUUUCUGGGGGACUGGAUUUUCGCCUUACCAAACCCCAAUCGAGAGAAACGAGCGGAGUGCGAUUUUAUCAGCAAAUUUACAAACGGGCCCGCUCAUGUACCUGCUCUUGAAGCUGAGUUUUGUUGCUGUGACGAUCGUGAUGGAUUUUUACUUCACAAGUUUGGUGAGCGUGCGUUUGGGUGCACAAGCUACCACUUUUCUGGCCAAGCUGUGUGUCACCAUUACGGCUCUAGUUCUAAGCCUCGUAUGGGGUCCAGAUUCGUACGUUUCGUUGCCCUCCAUAUCAGCGUUUCCAGGAGCGAGCUCCCAGACAUCGGGAUUAUCUGUACAUGGUCUUUCUGGUGGAGUCUUAUUUGCCAUGGUUUCGAUUCUUUAUGCUUCGAAUCUGUUGACCAAUGUAAAACCUGGAUACGGCCCGGACGGUGCAUCCAGCGGACAUUUCAUCGGCUACUCUAUGGCUGGUCUGCCUUUGUUCACAGCCGGGCAGACGCCAUCUCAUGGUGAUGCACUUUUGAGCCACCCGGAAACAAUGGGUCUCUGGUAUCACGUGCGGACAACGAUACGAGGUAUCAUGUCAGAACAUUCAUCCAGGAGAAUAUUCGCCUUUCUCUGUUUGAACCUUGCCUUCACGUUCGUUGAACUCCUGUACGGUGUGUGGACCAAUAGUUUAGGACUAAUAUCAGAUGGGUUUCACAUGCUUUUCGACUCGGCCGCUCUUGUUGUUGGCCUGUACGCCGCAGUAGUUUCACGUUGGGAACCUACACGUCUGUUUUCUUUCGGUUUCCAUAGUGCGGAGGUUCUGUCAGGUUUCGUGAAUGCUCUCUUUCUCCUGGUUAUUUCGGGAUCGGUGUUUGUGAACGCAUUGGCUCGUAUCCAUCACCCACCGCAUAUUCACACCGACCGACUUAUGGUGGUUUCCGUAGCCGGAUUGCUUGUAAACCUGGUAGGAAUGGUGGCGCUGGGUCAUGCCCAUAGCCACGGAGGUGCUCCUUGUGGUGCGCACGGUCACACGCAUGGCGGGGCUGGACAUGGGCAUAGUCAUCAAAAACACAGUCAUAAUUUGGAGCAAGACCCACACUACGGUCACGCCCAUGGGCAAAAACGACAGAGCGGAGUGCACGCGCAUUCCCAUUCACACGACAGUUCUGGUGGGAACGCAAAUCUUCGUGGUGUUUACCUACACGUGCUUGCCGAUACAUUGGGCAGCGUUGGUGUCAUCUUCAGUUCCUAUCUUGUGUCCACCUACGGAUGGAAUAUUGCGGAUCCGAUAUGUUCAGUUUUCAUUGCGUGUGCCAUUGGCUAUUCCGCACUCCCUCUACUGUCCGACACACUGAAUCUGCUGACGUUGAGAGCUCCGAACACAGAAGAUACGCCAAACCCGGAGUCGAUGGUCAAGAAAGUUCUUGCAGUUGAAGGCGUUCUGGCUGUCUACAAUCCAUUCAUCUGGUCGUUGACCCGAGACACAACCUGUAUCUCUUUGUGUGUGAAGGUGGAAACCGAAGUGACGGAGCAGUUAAUUUUGGCAAGAAUCAAGGAACUUAUCACGAUGCAUUAUCAGAAUGUUGGUCAUAUCACAAUCCAGGUGGAAAAAGAGGCUAUUCAACAUCACCUCCAGGCGCUAGGCCUGAAGCCGACCAUCCUGCUGACGUUCUCUAGGUCAGGGGACGCUAUGCAUGGUUCUAAUCACCAUCACUUGAUUGAUUUGCUCCCAAAUGGGGUUGGACGAAGACCGUCACCAGAUUCAGCUGCUUUAAUGCCUAUCAAAUUGUUAUAGACCAUCUAUGGCUCCACUUCGAACUGUGAUCUGGUUCUUUUGUCUCAAAUGCUUCUGGGAUUUUUGACUUGUUUACCCGCAACCGUUUUACGUUUUUUGUUGUUGUGGAUACUCUGUCCUUCUACUUCUAAUAUACUUGGAAUCACAUAUUCCUCAAAG